GAGUGGCAGGUGGUGACAGAUACUGCAGUUCCAAUAACUGUUCAUUUUGAUCGCAUUUGCAAUUCUGUACUUCUAAAUUCCACACUUCUCUCAGAGAAGGUAGUGCUGAAUACCAGUCCUGUUUUGUAAGUUUAAUAGGGAAAGGCAAAGGCAUUCUGGACUAGGAAUGUGCAGAACCGGUUCGCUCUUGAAUCGUUCCACUGUGAACUGAGGAGGUUCAUGUAGUUCAAUCAUGAACUGGAUUGCCUUUCAGGAAGGGGCUGGGUCUGAGAUCGAGCUGAACUGAACUUGACAUUAAAACCAUGGGAAAUGCAGAGAGCCAAAAUGUAGAACAUCAGUUUUAUGGAGAAAAGCAUGCUAGCCUAGGACGAAAACAUACAUCACGCUCACUUCGCCUAUCAAACAAAGCAUCUCGACGAACCAGACACGCUUCCUCAGGAAAAAUUAUUCACAGGAACUCAGAAGUAAGCACACGCUCCAGCAGUACUCCCAGCAUCCCUCAAUCAUUGGCAGAUAAUGGUCUGGAGCCUUUUACCCAAGAAGCUAACUUGGAGGAUUUUGGAAGUCCGAUAUGGGUAGACAGAAUGGACAUGGGCUUAAGGCCAGUUUCUUAUCAUACUGAUUCUUCCGUCACACCCAGUGUGGAUAGCAGCACAGUUCUCAUGGCAGCAUCAAUACAGAGUAUGCCAAAUUCAGAAGAAGGUAGAGUUUAUGGGGAUGAGUCAACAUAUUUGGCUGAAGGGGGUAGUCGGCAACAUCCAUACUCAUCCAAUGGCACCAAUUUCUUGGAGCCUAUGAGCUUCAAGAAAAAACGUUCAAAAUCUGCAGAUAUCUGGAGGGAAGACAGCUUGGAAUUUUCACUCUCUGAUCUCAGUCAAGAACAUUUAACAAGCAAUGAAGAAAUUCUAGGCUCCGCUGAGGAGAAGGAUGGUGAGGAGACUCGAGGGAGGGAGGCUGGCAAUAAUCAUCAGCAGCUGGUCUCCUGUCAACGUGCCAAUUCCAUGAGUGACUUGUAUUCUCCCCCAAACUCUAAUGCAACAAUAAAUGGUGGUCCACGAAACACGUUAGGAGGCUACUGUCGGAAUUUCGUGUCUCGUAUCCCAGAUGUUGAGAGCCACAAAAUGUCAGCAGCAGCACUGGAGAAUGUUCCUUCUUACAAUAAUUACAACACGCUCCCCUGCAGGAAAUCUCAUUGCCUCUCCGAAGGAAUCGCUCACCCGAAGAUGAGCCAUAGCAAUAGUAUGCAUGGAAGACGAGCAAAAACAACUCAGGAUGUUAAUACCGGCGAAGGGAGUGAAUUUGCUGAUAGUGGUAUUGAGGGUGCAACGACUGAUACAGACCUCCUCUCCAGACGCUCAAAUGCCACAAACUCCAGCUAUUCUCCAACAACCAGCCGGGCCUUUGCUGGCAGCGACAGUGGCAGCUCUUCGACUGGAGAUGGAGCACGUCAGGGAGUCUAUGAGAACUUUCGGAGGGAGCUGGAGAUGAGCAGUACCAAUGAUAACUUGGAUGAAGCUGGCUCUGUCCUGAGUGAUGAGCAGAGCAGUGGGACCUUGAGUUCUCCAGGACAGUCGGACAUUCUCCUUACAGCAGGCCAAGGGACCGUGCGGAAAGCUGGAGGUCUUUCAGUUAAAAACUUUCUUGUCCACAAAAAGAACAAGAAGGUGGAGUUAGCUACAAGGAGGAAAUGGAAGCAGUACUGGGUUUCCUUAAAAGGAUGUACAUUAUUCUUCUAUGAAAGCGAUGGCAGAUCUGGAAUAGACCACAACAGCAUCCCAAAACAUGCAGUCUGGGUAGAAAACAGCAUAGUGCAAGCAGUCCCUGAACACCCGAAGAAGGACUAUGUAUUCUGCCUCAGCAAUUCGCUUGGAGAUGCAUUUCUGUUUCAGACCUCUAGUCAAACAGAACUGGAGAACUGGAUUACAGCAGUUCAUUCUGCUUGUGCCACAGCAGUAGCACGGCAGCACCACAAAGAAGACACUGUCAAAUUGUUGAAAACAGAAAUUAAAAAGCUGGAGCAGAAGAUUGACAUGGAUGAAAAGAUGAAGAAGAUGGGAGAAAUGCAUUUCUUCAGUUUGUCCUCUGUCAGAGACUCCAAAAAGAAGAAGACCAUUCUUGAUCAGAUCUUUGUCUGGGAACAAAACCUGGAACAGUUCCAAAUGGAUCUCUUUCGGUAUCGUUGUUACUUAGCAAGUCUCCAAGGAGGGGAACUGCCAAAUCCAAAAACGUUGCUUGCAUUUGCAAGUCGUCCAACUAAAGAUGCAAUGGGUCGUCUUGGAAUCUUUUCCGUGUCUUCUUUUCAUGCACUGGUGGCAGCUCGCACAGGAGAAUCUGGUGUCAGGAGAAGGACACAAGCAAUGUCCAGAUCAGCAAGCAAACGAAGAAGCCGGUUUUCUUCUCUCUGGGGCCUUGACACUACUUCAAAGAAAAAGCAAGGGAGACCAAGCAUUAAUCAGGUGUUUGGUGAAGGAGCUGAUUCAGUAAAGAAAUCUUUAGAAGGAAUAUUUGAUGACCCUGUACAAGAAAGCAAGAGGGAAAAAGAAGUAGCACUGACCACUGUUCAUCCACAUAAUGCUGAUUCUGACAUCUGGGUUCAUGAGUAUUUUACACCGUCAUGGUACUGCCUGCCAAACAACCAGUCUGCUUUGACUGUAGUCCAUCCAGGGGACACAACAAGAGAUGUCCUGGAAAUGAUUUGUAAGGCACAUCAGCUGGAUUUCUCAGCCCACUAUUUGCGUCUUAAGUUCCUGACAGGAAACCAAAUGCAAUUCUAUGUACCAAAGCCAGACGAGGAUAUCUAUGAGCUGUUAUAUAAAGAAAUAGAAAUCCUUGAGAAAAUUACACAACAAAUUCAUAUUGAAAAAUCUGUCACAUUGUCUGAAAACUAUGGAUUUUCUCUGUCCUCUGUGGAAGAAGAAGGGAUUCGUCGGCUUCAUGUGAACAGUGUCAAAGAGACAGGAUUGGCUUUCAAGAAAGGCCUGAAAGCUGGUGAUGAAAUUAUUGAAAUGAAUAAAAAGGCUGCUGAAGAACUGAAUUCAGCCAUGCUAAGAGAUGUUCUUGUUCAGCCUUCUCUGUGCCUUAUAGUACGUACUUAUCCUGAGAGAGAGCCGGGGCACAAACUAACACAGCUACCACCACGCCGCACAGAUGGUUCUCUUGACCUGACUGACAGUCCCUUGAGAUCUCUCAGCAGUAGCCAAGGUCACUCACUCUGCAGUGAACAGGACAGCUGUGCUGAGACAACUCCAGAAGAGGCAGAAAUGCAUGUCUUGGAGUCCUCCGAUGAGGCUGAUAAAACAAGCAAGAGCACAGAACAGGUAGCUGCUUUUUGCCGCAGUCUUCAUGAGAUGAAUCCACCCGACUCUAGUGUGAACCCUCAGGAAUUUACUGGGCCUCAGCAAGCCACUACGAGGCAACUAACAGAUGCUGAUAAACUGCGCAAGGUUAUUUGUGAACUCCUUGAAACAGAGCGCACAUAUGUCAAGGACUUAAAUUGUCUAAUGGAGAGAUAUCUAAAACCUUUACAAAAGGAAACUUUCCUCACUCAGGAAGAGCUUGAUGUUCUGUUUGGAAAUUUAACUGAAAUGGUAGCAUUUCAAGUAGAAUUCCUGAAAACCCUUGAAGAUGGGGUGAGAUUAGUUCCAGAUUUGGAAAAACUUGAAAAAGUUGACCAGUUUAAGAAAGUGUUGUUUUCCCUGGGUGGGUCCUUCCUUUACUAUGCUGACCGUUUCAAGUUGUACAGUGCUUUCUGUGCCAGUCACACAAAGGUUCCAAAAGUACUUGUGAAAGCUAAGACAGACACAGCAUUUAAGGCUUUCUUGGAUGCCCAGAAUCCUAAACGACAACACUCAUCAACGUUAGAGUCAUAUCUUAUCAAACCGAUCCAGAGGAUAUUGAAGUAUCCUCUUCUACUGAAAGAACUCUUUGCACUCACUGAUGCAGAGAGUGAAGAACAUUAUCACCUUGAUGUGGCCAUAAAAACAAUGAACAAAGUUGCCAGCCAUAUUAAUGAAAUGCAGAAAAUCCAUGAAGAAUAUGGUGCUGUAUUCGACCAGCUUAUUGCAGAACAAACUGGAGACAAAAAAGAGGUUGCAGAUCUUUCUAUGGGAGACUUACUUUUGCAUACUACAGUCAUCUGGCUGAACCCUCCUGCAUCUCUUGGAAAGUGGAAGAAGGAACCUGAGUUGGCAGCAUUUGUAUUCAAAACUGCAGUGGUUCUUGUGUAUAAAGAUGGCUCCAAGCAGAAGAAAAAACUGGGAGGAUCACACAGGGUUUCAAUUUAUGAAGACUCAGACCCAUUUCGUUUCCGCCACAUGAUUCCUCUAGAUGCAUUGCAAGUUCGAGCACUGGCAAGCGCAGAUGCAGAGACUAAUUCUGUCUGUGAGAUAGUUCAUGUGAAAUCAGAAUCUGAAGGCAGGCCGGAGAGGUCAUUCCACCUUUGUUGUAGUUCUCCAGAACAUAGGAAGGAUUUUCUGAAGACUGUGCAUUCAAUAUUACGCGACAAACACAGAAGACAGCUCCUUAAAACUGAAAGUUUGCCAUCAUCACAGCAGUAUGUUCCUUUUGGAGGAAAAAGACUGAGUGCUCUAAAAGGUGCAAGGCCAGCUAUGAACAGGGCAGUGUCUGCCCCAAGCAAGUCUCUUGGGAGGAGGCGGCGGUGGCUGGCUCGAAACAGAUUUACCAUUGAUUCGGAUGCCGUCUUUGCCAGUAGUCCUGAGAAAGAGUCCCAGCAGGCAACUAACAGCAAGGACACUGACUGCUGGGUAGAGGAACAGUUUGACCUUGGUCAGUAUGAGGAACAAGAGGACAUAAAAGAAACAGACAUUCUCAGUGACGAUGAUGAAUACUGUGAGCCCCUGAGGAGUACAAUGGUUGAAAAAGAACUUCAAGAACAGUUGCAGGCGGCCUCCAUUACAAGCAGCCGGUCAUACCAGGGAGACAAAGCACGGUAUGCUGUGGGCACACAUGCUUCCAGAAUGGCUCAGUUAAAGAAACAAGUUGCGCUGUCUGGAAUUAAUGGGGGCAUGGAAGGCAACAGUGAAGAGGUCAUCUGGGUGCGCCGUGAAGAUUUCGUACCCCCAAGAAAGCUGAACACUGAGCUUUAGACCCAACACUAUCUUGUUAGAUGGUAGGCACAGACAUGCCCCCAACCCACCCCUUACACAUUGUGGAGAAUGAUCCCCUAGAAUGCACACUUGCACAUGCAGUAAUGGCAGCUAAACUGGUUGAAACCACACAGCCUCUCUCCUUGCCCCUACCCCUGUUUAAGGUACCUUUUUAACAGGAGAGUCCUGUUAAAAGGUUUUUUAAAAAGCAAAACAAAACUUUGAAAUUGAAUGAGCUUGAGUCCUCUGUACAUUACCAAGGGCUUUAUUUAUUCUGAAUAAUCAGGGGCUGCAUAUUAGAAUGGGAUGCAUAGAUAUUGCUAGAAUACACAUUGCUGUGGGUGUUGUUUUUUUAAAAAUAUGUGCAGCAAAUCAGUUUAAGUAAUAGCACAAGCAACAAAUGAAUUUUAUAUGAGACAAUGUCAAUCAUAGGUUCAUCUCCUUAUCAAGGAAGCUGCCUUCUCAGUCUCUAUAGUUGCAGUAUUCUUAACCUUUUCCUCUUAAACUUCAGAGAAUCUCAUUCUGAUUGAGCAAAGGCGAUCAAUGUGCAGAAACAGACUUCUGUGCAUGAACUGUCCUUCCUAGUGGGGUCCCACAAAUGGAAAUGGUGUUGAGUGAGUGGAGGGAGGGAAACCUUGCACCCAGGGGUAUGCAUGGGGUGGUCCUGCAGCACUGUGCAUGCACUAUGGAACAGAUGUUUGGCACUGUCAGCUCUGAAUAGUCCAGCCACUUGUUUAAGUGGGCCUUCAGUCAGGCUUCCUUCCCCCUUUUCUCUCCCCCAGUAAGUGAUAAAUACUGACAGCACCAAACAGCUGUUUGGCAAGGGAGACCCUCGUACACAGUAGCAUUCAUAAAGCUUACUGUCGCAAGUGAGGAUCUCUGGAUCCAGUGACAUUAUGUAUAUUUUAGGAAUGAGUGAGGACAAAUCUGGAAUUUAUGUUGUGCUGAGUUCUUUUUGGUCCGUGGCUAGUCUAAUUUCAUGUCAAUGUUGGAAGUUCUAGUUUUACAUAAAAACUAUAAAAAUGCCAAACUCUUUUUAAAUGAAAAAGAGACCCAAAUUAAACACUUGAAAAAAAAGAUAUUUUUUUGUAUUUUACCUGAAAAGCAAGGGCACAAACGGAUGGGAAUUUUACAGUGUUAGUUUUGUUAAAAGUCUAGGAUGUAAGGGGGCCCUUUUAGAAAGGGUUGAGUAUGUUGGUUUUAUAGUGUAAUUUUGAGCUGGAAACUCUUAGGGAUAACUUUUCCUUUCUUUCUUUUCCUUUUCUUUUUUGUAAAAAUGAAAUGGACAGCUGUACAUAUUUGAGACUGGAAUUGCAGUGUCAAUAAAUAACUGAGAAACCAAGAUGGUUGAAUUAAUUCCAGCUGUAAUUCUGUUCGAACUAGCAGGGUUACAGCUAGGAUGAGUUUGAUCCUCAGUGGUUGAUGAAGUUAGGGCUCAGGAAAAAUUGAACAUUUUAUGGCCAAAAAACUGACCUCAUUAUAUUCUUAUACUUUGUGAAACAUAUAUUUACUUGAUUUUCCCCUCCACCCACCUACUGCUAUAUAAUAUGAACAAUGUUCUAAGUGGACAAACCUCUUUACAUUUUUAAACCUUUUAUUUAAUACACAUUUGACAGGGUAAAAUGUGAUUAACUCUGAUGUUCAGUAGAUUUCCAAAUAAUAUUUAAAAGCACUUUUUUCUUUUUAAAUAUUUAUAUAGCUCUCCCAUUUUAAUUUUGAUCUGCAAAAAAGUGGGGAAAAUGUUUUUUGGGGUGUUUCUGUUUCUUUUUCUUUUUUUUGAAGGGGAUCUUUUUUGUACCUAUUGAUGUUUGACACAUUAGUGGGUACAUUGAAACCUAAAAUUUUAUAAUAGCUUUAAGGAUUAUAUUUUAUACAAUCAGCUGUGGAUAUAUUUUGAGACGUGAACAGAAAACAUUACUCAGCAACAUCUGCUGACUUGUGUCCCAGCCAAUAUUGGAGUCCCCACCCCAUUUGGUUCUCAGUGCACUAUACGAAGUGUUUUGAAAGUUUUAUUCUCUCAACUUUUGCUAUCUUUUCAUCAUUUUCUUAAAAGGCUUUAGCAAGAUUUCUAUACCCUGUGUAUCUCACCAUAUUUAAACUCAAGUCAGUUGUGUACCAACUUAUUAGACAUGACAAUGUUUUAGCUGUCCCCAGUGGAAUACAAUAAGCCUGUGAAAUGCUGGACGUCCUGUGCUUGGAGGGUGCCAUGGUUCUUGUACAUAAUGUCAUGACCUGUCGAUGUCAAAGUUCUUAUAUAUUUCUUUUAUAAGCUGAAAGAAGGUCUAUUUUUAUGUUUUUAGGUAUAUGAAUGGAAAGUUGUAAAUGCCUGUCAAAUAAAAUAAUACUGAAAAAUA